AAUGCCGAAAUUCGGUCCUAACCUAACUUUAUAAUAAUAAGAGGGAUUUUGGAGGUUUUAACGAAGAUUUCGGUAGAAUACGUAGCAAGUGGCGCAGCACAACCGGGUAAAACGUAUUAACGCAUGCGUUCCGCGAACGGCCCACAUCGAAAGGUGGCCGGAAAAUUAUCGGGAAAAUCGUAACGUGGAAACCGCCGAGAAAACCACAUCUUGAAAAAUUUUAGUUAGGGUUUUUAUAAAUUUUGGUCCGGUUUGAUUGUGAUAUCGUAGUGAAAAUUACUGUUUCGGCCUUCGUUUUAUUAAAACAGUUAUUUUGAAAGCUAAACAUUUUCUAAAUAUAUCUACCGGUUUAGUGCGUUGCUAAUAGAAAACACGUGCAAAAUUAGUUUUAUACACUUCUUCGUUAACAUAUACGAAAAAUAUAGUGUGAAGAUGUACGGGUACGAUUUUUUAGUGAACGUUACCAAAAUGACGGUGAAAAUCGCGAAGAACGUUGACGUGGUUGGUGUUGUGGAAGAUAUGGAGCAAUACCUUCAUUACAUUGGAGGUGGAGCCGGUGCUUUGGCUUUGACGGGAGUGGCCGCAGCUUCAGCGUUUUAUUUGGCAAGCAGACCAGCACCACAAAAACCACUAUUUCCUCUAGAUGAACAGUGCACGCUUUUACCGGGUCCAGAAUUGAUCAGGAUAUCAAAAUUUUUUAAGGAUGCUAAGGAAGGCCAAUUCGUCAGCUAUCUUUAUUCAGAUACGAGGACUUUAUACGAAGGUUUUCGAAGAGGUGCCAAAGAAGCAAAUAAUGGUCCUUGUUUGGGUUGGAGAGAAUCGUAUAACAAACCUUACCAAUGGUUAAACUACAAUGAAGCUUUAUUAAGAGCGAAAAAUUUCGGUGCUGGAUUAAUUCAAAUGGGUUUACAACCGGGAACGGAAACUUUUAUAGGGAUUUACGCUCAGAAUUGCCCCGAAUGGAUCCUAACCGAACAAGCUCUUUAUUGUUACAGCAUGGUUUUAGUUCCGUUAUACGAUACCCUCGGUCCGGACGCAUGUGCCUUCAUCAUUAAACAAACCUCUAUAAAUGUUGUCGUAUGCGAUGACGACCAAAAAUGCAAUUUCCUAUUGGACAAAGGUCCACGUUGUAUGCAAAAAUUGAUCGUUGUUAAAGACGUUCGAGCGGCGACUAAGCAAAGAGCGAAAAACCGUGGAGUUGAGAUUAUUAAGUUUUCUGACGUUGAAGUUCAAGGUUCGAAAAGACACCAUCCAGAAACGCCACCGAAACCGUCUGAUUUAUGUACAAUUUGUUAUACGAGUGGAACGACGGGAAAUCCGAAAGGUGUCAUGUUAACACACGAGAACGUUAUGGCAUCAGUUUGCGCGGUAAUAAUGCAAUUAGGGGAUCACAAACCGGUCAGUAGUGAUGUUAUGAUAUCAUUUUUGCCGUUGGCCCAUAUGUUGGAACGUUGUUGUGAGAACGCGAUGUACCUGGUUGGGGCGGCCGUUGGAUUUUAUUCGGGAGAUAUCAGAAGGUUAAGCGAUGACAUGAAAGCUUUAAGACCAACGGUGACCCCAGCAGUUCCACGAUUAUUAAACAGAAUCUACGAUAAGGUUCAAAACGAAAUCGGAAGGAGUUGCAUUAAAAAAAUGUUGUACAACAUGGCGAUGAGUGCGAAAGAAAACGAAAUUAAAAGAGGGAUUAUAAGGAAUAACAGUUUCUGGGAUAUGUUGGUAUUUAGGAAAGUUCAGGAAGGAAUGGGAGGGCGGCUUCGAUUUAUGUUAGUGGGAUCCGCGCCUUUGGCAGAAAAUGUUUUGACGUUUAUUCGUUGCGCGUUGGGUUGUUUGGUGGUUGAAGGUUAUGGUCAAACGGAAUGUUGCGCCCCAAUUUCGUUAACAGUUCAAGGCGAUUACGUCCCAGGACAUGUUGGUCCCCCCGUCGCUUGUUGUUGCGUCAAAUUGGUCGAUGUGCCCGAAAUGGAGUAUUGGGCCAAAAACAACCAAGGCGAAGUUUGCGUCAAAGGAACAAACGUUUUUAAGGGGUAUUACAAAGAUCAAGAGAAUACAGAUGAGACUAUUGAUGAAAAUGGAUGGCACCACACCGGGGAUAUAGGAAUGUGGCAAAAUAACGGAACCUUAAAAAUUAUCGAUAGAAAAAAGCACAUUUUUAAAUUAUCUCAAGGCGAAUACAUAGUUCCUGAGAAAAUAGAGAAUUGUUAUAUUAGAUCUCAAUAUGUACAACAAGUUUUUGUCCAUGGUGAAUCAUUAAAGUCAUGUAUUGUAGCAAUUGUUGUACCAGAUGUAGAUGUAAUCAAAUGCUGGGCACAAGAGAAUGGAAUUCCCGGCACAUUAAGCGUUUUGUGUAAUCACCCAGAAGUAAAACAAUUAAUUUUAGACGAUAUGUUAGCAUGGGGAAGAGAAGGAGCGUUAAAAUCAUUCGAACAAGUAAAAGAUAUUUAUCUUCACCCCGAUCCAUUUAGCGUACAAAAUGGAUUGUUGACACCCACAAUGAAAUCGAAACGGCCACAAAUCAAGUCGUACUUCACCCCGCAAAUCGAAGAUAUGUAUAAAAAACUGUCGUAAUAAAAACUAAUUAAAUUUUUGUAUAAAGAAAUGAUACAAACACAAAAAUAAAUAAAUAAGAGUCAAUUUAAAACGCAAUAUUCAUACGACAGCAUAUCAUUUCACGGUUUUUUCGUUCUGUUGUUUGUUGUUGUUAAUGAAACGCGUUUUUAUAUUAAAAUCACGACGCGAAAUAACAUUCUCUUUGUAACUUAAAUAAAUUGAGAUAAAAAAAUAAGAAUGAAAAUGAAACAAAAAAUUAAAUAAAUAAAUAAAUCAAGAAGAAUUUGAUAGUUUUAUGAUGAAGGAAAAAGAAAAUAGUGUUUACAAUUCACCGUGUAUAUAAGUAAUUUGGGUUUUUACUAUUACAACCCCGUUUUACAAUAAUAAAUAGAUUUUUUUUUUUUC